AUGAAUGACAGCCUGUUUGUCAGUUUGGACAGACUUUUGCUAGAAUUUGUUUUCCAGUAUGAGCAAGAUAUAAGCACUAAAGAAGAUAUGCUUCAACGAAUUAAUAAAUGCCUUGAAGAUAUUAAAGAAAACAAGGCAACUAUUUGCAAGAUACAUGAAACUAUAAACACAACAGAUGAGGAAAUUGGUCAUUACUGUAAACAUAGUAAGGAGAUCAAAGACAACUGUAGUAACUGGAAGCCAACAUGUGAUGUUUUUCAUAAGCAUGAAGACUAUAUGCAGGACCAAUUUACUAUUUGUCAAGAAACUAUUGAAAAAGACAAAAAAAUGUACCAUGGUUAUAUAUGUCAGUAUAAAGAUGUUUUGAAGCAGUAUCAGUUAAAAUACUCAGAAACACCACUUUCACAAGAGUAUUAUAAGAAGAAAAGAGAACAUGAAGAAAUUCAAAAUAGAGUAUUGGCAUGUACUGAACAACUAAAAAUAAAUGAAACUAUCUUUAUGGAAUUUCUAGUGCCUGCUCCUUUUCCAUCACUUACUAAAUGGACAUUGCAUAUGGCUAACAUGAGAUUUAAGACACAAGAUAUUCUUAAACAUGCUAGUGAUUAUUCCAAAAGUUCAUCUGAAUUGAAAAAAGAAGUAGAUGAAGUGGAAAUAGAAAUUAAUUAUUUAAACCAGCAGAUUGCAAGACUCCAUGAAACUAAGAAUCUUGGAGAAACUCUGGAAGAAAAAAAUAAAAAUAUAGAAAAGAUAAAGGAAUUGAAAGAAAAGGAUAGAAUUUUUGAAAAAGAUGAACAACCUGCACUUAUAUUGAAUAAAACCCCUCAAAACAGUCAAUUAUUUCUUCCAUAUGAAUCUCAGAAAUUAGUCAGACUAAUGAAGAUGCAUUCUUCAGAACCAAGAGUUAUAGAUAAAAAAGAAGAAAGUUCUGUGAAGCAGGCAAAGCUUGCCAAUAUUGACUUUAGACAGAAAGAAAACAAUGUGCAGGUACUUAAUGACUUUACUCUGAAUGACCAUUCAAAAUGCUCAAAUUCUGUGGCUAUUAAAAAUUCUCAAAAUAUGAUGCAUUUCAGAUUGUUAACCCCACAGAAACAAUCAAAUUGCAGUCAGUGGUUUGAAAAAGGAGAUACAGAUGCUGAGAGUGAAGAUAAAGGGACAGUAAGACAAUUGAGAGAAUCGAAAUGUACUUCACAAGUUAUAUGUGCAGAACAUUUUGAGAAGCCAAUAGAAAAUAAUAGUGAUGAAGUAGAAGAAAGGGCUGAGAACUUUCUACAAACUUCUGAAAUUCCUUUAUUUUUAAAAACACCUGAAGCUGUGAAAACACCUGAACCUUUGGAGAAAUUAUUCCCUAAAACCCCCUCUUUUGAAAUUAAUAGAAACAGAAAUAUAAUGCCUGGAAGUCAAACACAAAAGGAAUCUCCUGGAUUUUCUUUUCUUAUAAAUUAUACUUCUAGAUCUCCUGGAUUGAAUUUAUUUGAUUCUACUAUAUUUGAUUCAGAAACCUCAUCAGAUCAGUUUAAUGAACAUUAUUCUGCUGGAAAUUUAAAUCCUCUCUCUUCACAACAAGAGAUUGGAAACUUAUUUGGAAAACCAGAAGGAGAAGAUGCUUUCACAUUUUCUUUUUCAUCAGACUCUUCAACUCAUACAUUUGGAACUGGAAAAGAUGAUUUUAGUUUUCCAUUUUCAUUUGAACAGGAUCAAAACUCAACACCUUCUGUAAAAGGCUUUUCCUCUUCCUCACAAAGUACAACACAAUUUACUUUUUUUUGA